ACUUUGCUCCGUGGCUGGUUUACGUCUUCUGAUGUUACCUUGGUUUCACCUCCAGACGAACACGUUUAUACGGUCCGUGUGUUUCCUCCACACUUUGGAGAAAUGUGACGAUUUAAAAUGAACGAAGGACCUGAAAACAACUCAACUCAACUAUAUGACAACUUGACGUUUUACAACUCCUCCGAGGAGCCCAUCAUUCACAGGAACAACAUCACAUAUGUGGGAUUUUACCUUCAUCAGCCGUCCACAGCAGCCAUCUUCAUCGUGUCCUACCUGCUUAUCUUCCUGGUGUGCAUGGUGGGAAAUGGCGUGGUGUGCUUCAUUGUUCUGAGGAGCAAAAACAUGCGGACUGUCACCAACUUGUUCAUCCUCAACCUCGCUGUGAGCGACCUGCUGGUUGGGAUUUUCUGCAUGCCCACAACACUUCUUGACAACAUAAUCACAGGAUGGCCUUUUGGAAGCCUGGUCUGCAAAAUGAGUGGCAUGGUUCAGGGGAUCUCUGUGUCAGCAUCCGUCUUCACGCUGGUGGCUAUUGCUGUUGACAGAUUCAGAUGCAUCGUCUACCCAUUCAAGCAGAAGCUGACCAUCUCUACAGCUACCCUGAUAAUAGUCAUUAUCUGGGUCCUGGCUAUUUCCAUCAUGUGUCCUUCUGGGGUGAUGCUGCAAGUGACGAAGGAGCGAACCAUCCGAGUGUUGCUGGGCUAUGACAACAAAACCACUCCUUUCUACUGGUGCAGAGAGAACUGGCCAAACCAGGAGAUGAGAAAGAUUUACACCACUGUUCUGUUUGCCAACAUCUACCUUGCUCCCCUUUCCCUCAUUGUGAUCAUGUACGCCCGGAUCGGCAUCACUCUUUUCAAGACAGCUGUUCCAACAGGCGGGAAACCGGGCCAUGACAACCGCCACUCCGUGUCCAAAAAGAAGCAGAGGGUGAUUAAAAUGCUUCUGAUAGUUGCUCUGCUGUUCAUCCUUUCCUGGCUGCCUCUGUGGACUCUCAUGAUGCUGAGCGACUACGCCAGGCUGACCGAGCAGCAGUACAGAAUAAUCAAUAUUUACAUUUACCCGUUUGCCCACUGGCUGGCUUUCUUCAACAGCAGCGUCAAUCCCAUCAUCUAUGGUUUCUUCAAUGAGAAUUUCCGCAGAGGGUUUCAAGCCGUGUUCAAGUUCAGCCUGUGCACGGCGGAAGGCCAGCGGAGGAAAACCUACUCGCACAGGCUGCAGGGGAACUCUGUGCUCCCAGCUAAUAAUGCACAGACCUCUCUGGAACCCAUUUCUCUCAACAGCCUGGAUAAGAACACUUCCAGGCGACUCAAUCAUGUCACUGAACAGGACUUGGUCAUGGAGGACUUGGAGAAGGGCUCUUGCAGCAGUGGGGGUGUUACUGCGGUGUCCAUUUGAGAAGGCAGAGACAUUCUUCUAGGUGAUAAGCAAAUGUGUUCUCAUUUCAAGAAAAUUGCUCUCCUCAUUCGAGCUUAAAUCCUUUACUGAGCAAAACAAAUAAAAUACGAUCAGGCUCGCAUCAAAAGGUUUCUAUGGCAUUUUACACUGUGAAAUGAAACUGCUACAAAAAACAAAACAAGUAAAGGAGUAAUUUAUCCUUUAUUCAGCAAGCUACCUCACAGUAUUUGCUUGUGACACAAGUAAAUGCCACCUUGCUAUUUAACUUUGCAAUUUGAAAACACAGUGCUUUGUCUUGCAUACGUUGCUUAUCACCUUUAAGACAAACAAUGUAUUUUGCACAUAUUGGGCCAUUUUAAAAACGAGAGCAGGUUAUUCUGUUAGUUAGUUCAAGAGGAACACACCUCAGAUCAGCUGAUAUAGCACCGCUAAAGGGUCCCUGUCCUGCUCAGUGACAUACCUUUUUAAAAAUCUGUAUGUAUAAAUGUAUAAAGAGGCAUCAAAGCACCCUGUACUUUAUAGUUUGCAGAGCAGAUUUCAAACGUGAAUUCAUUAAAUGUCCUUGUUGUGUUGGUACAAAA